AGAUACCUUCAAAUUAGUGAAACUGGAUGCUUUUGAUAUGAAUGCUUGAUCACGGGGAGGAAAAUCCAAAAUUGGAGAUGAAAAGUUUGUGUAUGAUGAGGCAAACGACAAAUCCUACGGAUCCCCGGAAUCCUGUCAAAGCCAGACGCUCCUUAUAGAGGCGCUUCAUCUUGGGAUAGAAGCUUCAAAGAUGGGGAUGGACAUAGACAUGGACAUGGAAACAGGAUUUCUGGCGAGAAGGAUGUGCACAUCGAGGAAUUGGCAUCUUCAUUGUGGCUUGUGUGACUUGGAGACUGAUUUACCUUAAGAUCUUACCAUUUAGUGAAACGAAAAGGAAAAAGGAGAAGAAUCGAAGGAGGUAUCCUACAGUAAGAAGACUUUUAGAAUAUUGAGGUCACCGGUAACCUUAACUUUUUCCCCAUCAUAAAAAUAGCAUGUCGGCAAAACUUCAAGCUAAUUGCCGAUCUUCAGCCUUACCAAAUAAUUCUACUUCUACACUAAAAAUUCCAACGAACCAGACUAAGAUAGUCUUACAAUCCAGCCCAGCCCAGCCCAGCUUCACCCAGCUGUAACCUCCCUUUAAACACAUCUAUAAUAUUCCCACAACUCACUCCAUCUGCCAUCUACAAAAUGAGCGGUCCGGUUCUGGAUAUUCAAGCACCUGGCAUUCAAGCACAAGGAGAAGUUUUACAUAAUAUGCGAAAAGAAGUAGCCACUCUACUUGGUCGUUCCAAUCCCAGUUUCCCCGGCGCACAACCCGUCAGUUUCACUCGACGUCAUCUCGAUGAGUUGAUGCGCCAGGAUUAUUACGUCUGCGAGAAAUCAGAUGGUUUUCGUUACUUACUUUACCUGACCGAUGAUGAGAAUCGCGAGGAAUGUCAAUAUUUGAUUGAUAGGAGGAAUGAUUAUUGGUAUAUACCUAAAGGCGGACUACAUUUCCCGAUUCCUCAAAAUGUCGCGGGCUUUCACAGAGGGACAUUGAUUGAUGGGGAAUUGGUCUUGGAUCGAGCUGCAGAUGGGACGAUGCAGCCGAAAUAUCUGGUUUUCGAUUGUAUGUUUUUGGAUGGGAAUAGUCUCAUGAAUCGCACCCUCGAUAAACGACUGGCCUACUUUACCGAAAGGAUAUUCACACCUUACGUAGAACUUUUGAGGGAUUACCCGGAAGAAAAACAAUACAUGCAUUUCUUGAUGGAGAUGAAACAGAUGCAAUUUGGCUAUGCGAUGGAUAUGAUGUUUCGACAAAUCUUACCAAAUCUACCACACGGAAAUGAUGGAUUGAUUUUUACAUGUAGAGGGACGGAAUAUAAACAUGGAACCGAUCAACAUAUUUUAAAGUGGAAACCAGAAAAUGAGAAUAGUAUCGACUUUAAACUCGGUCUCGACUUCCCCGCCGUUCAACCUGAUUCCAUGGAUCUCGCAGAAGGGACUACAGAACCAUAUAUCGAUUACGACGCAAUCCCCAUAUGCAAUCUCUUGGUCAACGCGGGAAAUAACAGGGAUGAAUGGUAUGGAACUAUGCAUUUAGAGCCAGAGGAAUGGGAAAAGUUGAAAGCAUUACGAGAACCUCUCAAUGAUCGCAUAGUAGAAUGUUACAUGGAUGCCCAGAAGAGAUGGAGAUAUAUGAAAUUUAGAGACGAUAAGGAAGUGGCGAAUCAUACCAGUACGGUCGAGAGUGUGAUUGAAAGUAUCAAGGAUAGAGUUACGGAAAAGGAUUUACUUGCCGCUGCACCUAGGAUUAGAGAUGAAUGGAAGAAGAGAGAUGCACAAAGGAGAGCACCUGCAGCAACUUGAGUAUGAGAUGAAUAAGGAAUCAGUAUCACGCAGCUUUCCGAAAUGGCAAUGGGAUUUUUUCAUAUUUUUUUUU